GUCGUCGUCAUCAACAAUAAGUUAAAAUGCUGCCUCCGAAACCUACCGAUGCCACAAAAACCACAGGGGGAGGUGGCGCCCGUCACAAACACUGCCAUCAGCAGCAGCAUUUACUGCUGCUACGCCAACUUCAGCUGCAGCUUCUCCUUCUGCUGUUGCUGACCACUUUGGGCCUUGCCUGUCGUGUCUCGGAGUUUUCAUGCAAGGGCAGCGGUAAUAGUGGUAACAUUUGCGUACCCCUCGACAAGUAUUGCGAUGGACGAACCGAUUGUGCGGAUGGCAGUGAUGAGCCCAAACAUUGCUCUGUGUGCAAUCGUACAUAUUACGGCGACAUUGGACGCACCUAUUCCAUAAAAGUGCCAACACCACAGUGGAAUAAAAUGCCCUUCCUGUGUCACUUGACAUUCACAGCGUCCGGUCAUGAUCAAGGCGACAUUGUCCAGAUCAUAUUUGAUGGUUUUACUGUGGGCCGCUUUGAUGAGGGCAUGGUCGAUACAGAUGUGGAUGGUUAUGAAACGAGUCUAAGCCCCACCGGUGAGCUGCCUGGUUGUCCUGAAGGCUUUAUGCAGCUCAGCGAAUUGGGAAGACCAUUCACUGGUGGCUCCUGGUGUGGCAAGGCCACUGGACCGCAAUUGUAUUUCAGCGAAACAUCCACGGUGACAGCUUCAGUAAAGGUAUUCCAUCCGCCACGCAAUAUACGGGAUGAGAAGCCUUUUGAGUUCAGCAUCAGAUAUAAAUUUAUAAGCCAGUCCGAUGCAGUUGUGAGGUAUGGACUGCCUGAUAAACCUCUUGAAUUGGGACGUGUCACACCUGGCACCUAUUGUACACGGCAAUUCGAUGAAUGCUAUCGUAACAAGUGUCGUCUGCAGAGUCCAAAUUAUCCUGGUAUGUAUCCAAGGAAUGUUACUUGCUAUUGGACCAUACGACAAAAAGAAGUUCCUACAAGCAAACAUGCCAUGAUUGCUGUUAGCCAAGAGAAUCAACACAAGGCCUUAGUAAAGCGUUCCAUUGCCAGUUUUAAUAAGACAUCGCGCUCCAUACGGGCUUGGUCGGAUUGCACGGGCGAACGCGAUCAUUUAAUAUUUUAUGAUGGCAGCUCAACAAAUGAUCCCGUUUUGGCCAAGUAUUGCGGCGGUGACUGGCUACCACGGGUUGUAUCACGUGGUCCUGAAAUGCUGGUGGCUUUUCAUUCAAGCCCCUUCUCGGCACCUCUACAGCAGGGUAUACCGAAUCGUGGCUUUGAACUGGAUGUGGAUAUACUUUUUACCGAUUCCGAUUCAUAUGAUUUUGCCCAGGGCACAAAGAAUCUCUGCGAAUUUCACAUCAAUGCCUCCAAUCCGGAUGAUGUGCUAUUCUCUCGCCGCGGCCGUAUGGGACGCAUUGUGAGUCCGCGUCACACGCUUCCGCCAAAUACAACAUGCACGUACCACUUUCACGGAUAUCCUGGUGACCUGAUUUGGUUAUCGUUCACCAGCUACAAUCUGCAGAUACUGCAGCAGGCGAUACACGACAACAAUACAUUGGGCAGGAGCGAUCUUCCUCCUUGGAUAACCCGUCUACGUAUUUGGGACAGCUAUGGCACAUAUGUACCAAUAAAAUCGACAAGCUCCACCACUGGACAACCCCCACCACCGCCUCCUGUUGCCUCCUCAGCGGAUGGGGGCAAGCCAACACUACUCAAUCAAAGUAAUUAUGGCAGUUAUUACUAUAGUGCCAGUAAUCCGAAAUUGAAUCGCAAUUUGCGCGUCAAUAUUGAUAAUGCCUGGAAUCCAGUGGACACAUAUAUCUAUGGACCGACCCAGUCGAGUGUCUUCAAUCAAGAGAAUAAAUACAGCGGCUAUCAGGGAGGAGGUGGCAGCGGUGGUGGUGGCGGCGGCGGCGGAGGCGGCAGUAAUAAACAAUUAAAUAGCGUAAAGGACAGUCUUAACUUUAUAUCAUCGGGAAAAUCAUCAAAGGACACAAAUGGUGCGUCGGCAGCUGCCGUUGUCAGUUCAGAUAGGAAUAAUGCUGUCGCAUUGAUAAGCUCCAAGGGCAAAAGGCGUCUUAUGCUUGAGAUUUACGAUUACGAGACACCAAAAUUGUGCGAUCACACGGCCAUUGGUAGCAGUGCAAUGGGUGGCAGUGCCUUGAUUGGUGGCAAUAAACAGAGGCCAUGUAGUCCAUUGGAAAGUUAUGUGAGCACUGGUAGAGAUUUGAAAUUGGAGUUCCAUACGCAUACGGGUACCGCCCUGUUUCCCGCACAGUUUGCUUUAAACUAUGAAUUCGUUGAUACGGAACAAGGCGGCGAAUCGUGGCCAGGUCGUCGCGGAGAAGAUCCAGUUCCACCACUCUGUUCGCGUGUCUUCCGUAAACGCAAAGGCAACAUACAAGUGCCACGGAAUGUCUUUCUCUAUGGCAGAGGCGGAGCAAAGAAUAUAACCUGUCUGUAUCGCUUCGAGGCUGGAACCUCUGAGCGGGUUAAGCUAGUUCUGCACAAUGUAUCCUUUGGUGAGGGUACUACCUGUAAUACGGAUUCGGAUUUGCAUACGGGUCGACCGCGUUGCAAUCAACUGGAUCCCGAGGGACGCAUAACCGAGCUGCGUUUGUACGAUGUGCCAUUUAGGGAUGUGAAAAUCCAACUCGGCUGCUUUUGCGAUAAUUCAAGCACUUUGUAUAGCAAUGCCCCAUUGACCUUCCAAUCGCACUCACGUGUCAUGGAGCUCACGUUUACCGUGAGUCGAUUAAAUAUAUCCGAAGAUUUUGCCGAUGUCUUCUUCUCGGCAUCGUAUGAGUUUAAACGUCAACCGGAUUGUCGCAAGCAGUUAAAACUUAAAGGAGCCGGCGGCGAAGAUGAUCUGAAAUAUCCAUUAAAGACCCAGGACGCAAGCUGUGAGGGAUUAGCGUGGUACAUUGAAGCACAAUCCUCGGAGCGUUCGUUGUUUGUGCAGACGUGGGGCGCCUAUCUGCCAGUUGAUCCCACUUCGGAAGAUGCCAUGCGCUGUCAUACCAAAAACCGCUUUAUAAUCUACUCGGGCCGACCACUUAAGCCCAUGCGAGUUGUGUGUCCCGCCCAGAGUGGGCCGAGGCCCACAUCAUUGCAUAUAUUCUCCGAAGACUGGACCAAUGGACAGCCGCUAUUCAUGAAUAAACCCAUCAGCCUGGUAUUAGAGCCCAUACUCAAGGAGCCCGGCGAUAUAGCCUUCACAUGGCUAGAGAUACAUCGCACUCAGAAUGCCCUGCUGCAGCAGUUGGACCUGCAUGUUAAUACAAGCGUAACCACAAGCCUGGGCAUUGGCACUGGAACGGGAACGGGAACGAAAACGAGCUCCAGUGGGGGAGGCAGUGGCGGUGGAGUUGUGGGCACUGGAAGUGCCGGAGUGGCUGGUGCCAGUGGGCAGGCCCAAGGACCGUCUCAGCCCAAUGCAAUGGCUAACGAAACUCUGAACGAAUUUGGUUUUUAUCCCAAGGAAUCGGAUUGCGAAUACAAAUGUCCUGAAAUUGAUGCAUGCAUUGCGGCCAGUCUUUGGUGUGAUGGUCAUCACAACUGCCCCAGCGGCUUUGAUGAAUCGGAAGAGGAAUGUGGCACUGCUCGAAAGUUACUUGAAUUACCUGGCGGCGUAUUUGCCGCCCUUGGAUGCAUUGCUGCCGCUUUGACAGCAUGCCUCAUAUUCUGUAUGUUUGGUCUAAUGCGUAAGAGAAAAAAGUCGGUGGUGCAAAAGGGCGGUGGAGGCGGCGGAAUGGGCGGUGUUGGUGUCGGCUUUAUAAAUGGUGCCAGCAAUGGCAAUGUGUCCGCUGCCAGUAUUGGCACUCUCAAGAAGGGUGACUUCAAGAAGGAUGCAUUAUUCAUCGAUCCAGCCUCCUGACACGGACUACAGCCGGUCGAGUACAUACAUGUGGAUCGAGAGACCACUGUGUGAUAUGUUGAAGCCGGCUGUGGGUUAGAUCAAGAGCAGGGAUUGCAACUAAACUGGAGAUUUUGAAGGACUUGAUGAACUAAUUAAUAAGUGGAGUGGAAUUUUUUGUAAACGCUUAUGCUGGGACUAAACAGAAAAAGAGAACUAAAUUGAUAUGAGUAAUGAUUAGAUGUGAGAAACGCCAGCAAAAGGUAAGAUAGAACAAAAGUAGUUAUAUACAUAUACAUGUAUGUAUGUACGUGUAAACAAUUGGGUUUUA